AUGGCUGAUCCUGGGACCAGAAGAGCGAUCCGCUGCCCCCUGAGUCUCACCUGCUCCCUGCUCAUUGUAGGAAUGUGCUGUGUGUCUCCUUUGCUCUGCCGCAGUCAGACAGACCUGUUGGCUCUUAGCCAAGCUGAUCCUCAGUGCUGGGAGUCCUCCUCAAUGCUCCUCUUGGAAAUGCGAAAACCUCGUGUUUCCAACACUGUUUCUGACUUUUGGGAUUUUAUGAUCUACCUGAAGUCAUCUGAGAACUUGAAGCAUGGGGCACUGUUUUGGGACCUGGCCCAACUCUUCUGGGACAUCUAUGUAGACUGUGUCCUUUCCAGGAACCAUGGCUUAGGAAGGAGGGAGUUGGCUGGAGAGGAAAAGAGAGAAGAGAAAAGCUCAACAGGGAUUAAACAAGGUGCAUAUUCUCAGCUCCUAAGAACCCCUUUCUUAAAGAAACAAGAGCUGAUUGAAGAUUUGAUAAGUGUGUAUAUGCACAGGCGGGCAUCUGGGUUCACUGGAAAAGUGAAACUACAAGUAAAGAGAAAAGAAAGCAACCUUCAGAGCUAA